CUUUGAACUUAAAAUGGGAUAGUUUUUUGCUAAGUGCAAAGAAUGCUUUAUUAUUCUAAGAAGUAAACCUUCUGUUACUGUGACUUCACAUUAAUUAGUGAAUCUAUCUAAUAAUCCUGUAGAGGAAAGCUAAGGAAAAAUAUAAGUAUAAUAAAUAAGUAAAUUAAAUUCACAAUUUAGGUAUAUCACAGAAUCCUAGUCAUUCAAAUGAUUAGUCCUUAAGUUAAGUUGAUAGAAAUGAUGAGAAAAAUGAGAAUGAUCUCACUUUAGAAACAAUUUCUAAUAAAUAAUUAUCAAUAGUAAGAUCCCCUUAAAUACACUAAACAGUUUAACAAAAAGAAGAAGAUAAAUUUAUUCAAAAAUAAUAAGCAAGAUAGUUUUAGGAUAUUAAAGUUUAAUAAUAAUAAUAGUAAUAAUUUUCAAUAGAAAAUGAGAUAUUAACAUUCAUAAAUUUUGAAUCAAUAAAGAUUGAUGAAUUAACUGUAUAUGCUUAAGAGGCUCUGGAAAAAUUUACAGAAUUAGUUGAUAUUAUAGAUGACAGUGAUACUUUUAUUUAGAAUCUAAAUAAUAUUGAAUUGUACUUCUCUCAUUAUUUCAUGAAGAAAGCAAUGUUUAUACAGAUUAAGUGUUUAUAUAAUAGUUAUAAUAUAGGUUUUAAUUUGAUUUGAAUACGGAGAUUAAUAAUUUUCUAAGAUGGUCUAGUUAAAACUCAUUAUUUGAGUUUGAUUUGUUUUAAGAGUACAAAUUAUAAGCAAUAAAUGAACAGAUAUCUAUUGGAGAGUUGUAAUUAAAUAAGCAUUUGAUGAUAAGGAAAUAAUAGAUUACAUAUGUUAAAUAUAUAGAGUUGUUAAAUGAAGAUUAUUACAUAGUUUUUAAAUCAAUAAGAUUAGAGGAUUAAUUUUAAGAUAAAGUGUAUGUCUAAUUAUAAUAAAUUAAGGUAGUAAUAGUAGGUUGAGGGUAAAAUAAUUUUGGGAGGUUUGAGAAUAAGUUAAAAGGAAGGGAAAUUAAUAAUAAGAGGAUACUUGGAUGGAGAUUUCAAAAUAAAAGCUGGAUUUAACUUGACAAUAAAGACAUUAAGAGAGAAAGUUAUAGGAUGCAUCAAUAAGGUUAGAGAAUAAUUUAAUUGA